CUGCGCACGGCUUUCACCGCCGGAGCUGGGGGCAUUGACGCAUUGUGGAGUCGACAGGGGGUAGUAGCACUGCAACCCCGGCUUCGCUACACAACGGAGGCAUCUAUCGGCGAAACCGCGAUGGCCGUGGUGCAGCUCGACACGGAGGACCAUCAACCGGAGAACGGCUUCGUGUCCCCCGAAACCACGUCGCCGGGGCUGCUGACACGCAUCGACGGUGCUGUUCUGCCGUUUCUCGGGGGAUUUGGGAAGUACCAGAAACAGCUGAUCGUGCUGACAUGGAUUCCGGCGCUAUUUAUUGGAUUCAGCCAGUUCUCUGAUAAUUUCCUCCUUGCCCAGCCGAACAACACAUGUGUCCAGCCUUUGGCAAACCUGACUAAUCAGACUAUAAGUCAUUCCUCGUUGUUAGACAGGCCAAAAAACAUCAGCGCGCGGCCAGCUUAUAUUUAUGCCAAUGGAAGUUACGGCAACCACAAUGACACGACCAGCAUGCAGUGUAGGUGCAGUGAGUGGACAUUCGAGCUGCACACAGGACUUGUGCAGAACGUGGUUACCAAGUGGAGUCUGGUGUGUGACUCAGCAUGGAAAGUCCAUAUUGCAAAGUUCUCUCUGUUGGUGGGAUCCAUCUUUGGAUACCUGGUGUUUGGAAUCCUUGCUGACUGGUUUGGCCGCCACCCAGUGCUAAUCAUAUCGGUGCUGUUCAUGCUGGUGUUUGGUCUGACUGUGGCCUUCUCUGUCAACGUCCCCAUGUUCAGCACCCUGCGCUUCUUUGAGGGCUUCUGCCUGGCAGGAAUCACCCUUUCCCUCUACGUCCUCAGGAUUGAGCUGUGCCUGCCAGGAUGGCGUUUUUCCAUGACCAUGGUGGCCAAUUUUGUGGUGUUGGGUGGUCAGCUGCUGAUGCCUGGGGUGGCCUACCUCUGUCGCGACUGGCAGGUACUUCAAGCUGUUAUCAUCUGCCCCCUGCUGCUGAUGCUGUCCUACAUCUGGAUCUUCCCUGAGUCACUGCGUUGGUUGCUGGCCACUCAGCAGUACUGCCGCUCCAAAUGGAUCAUGGGACACAUAGCACAGAAAAACCGAGUGAACAUGGAGCUUGACACGGAUAAUAUCCUCACAGAACUGCAGAGAGCUCUCCAGAAGAAACCCAAAAAGACGUGCAUUGUGAAAAUGGUCGGGACGAGAAACCUGUGGAAGAACAUUGUUGUGCUCUGCGUCAACUCGCUAACAGGCUAUGGGAUCCACCACUGUUUUGCUCGCAGCAUGAUGGACCCUGAAGCCCAGGAAACCACCAUGUUCCAUAACUUCUAUGCAGACUAUUACACCAUGGCAGGUAUUGCGGUGGCGUCCUGCAUGGCGCUGUGCCCAGCAGUGGGUCUGAUGGGGCGGCGGGGUGGCCUUCUAAUGUUCAUGAUCAUCACUGCCCUAGCAUCACUGCUGCAGCUGGGUCUGCUCAACCUGCUGGGGAAGUACAGUGUCCAUCUGAAUAUAGAUAGCUCAGGUACGCUGAAUAAGAACUUCUCUAUAGCCUUCUCCAUCAUCGGCAUGUUCUCCUCCCACGCUGUCAGCAACCUGAGCAUCUUCUUCUGUGCUGAGAUCACACCCACAGUGAUCAGGGGUGGCGGUCUGGGCCUGGUCCUCGCCAGCGCUGGCUUCGGCAUGCUGACUGCACCCAUCAUGGAGCUCCACAAUCAGAAGGGCUAUUUCCUUCACCACAUUAUCUUUGCCUGCUGCACUCUCAUCUGCAUCAUCUGCAUUCUCCUGCUGCCAGAGACCCGCUACCAGCCCCUCCCUGAGACUCUGGCCGAUGGCGAGAGCUACACUCGUCAACCUCUCCUUCCCCCGAGGAAACCUGGAGAACAGCGCCUCUUGCUGGCCCAAUCCGAGAGCAGCAGGGACUACACCAGGGUGCAUGACACGCCACUCCACGAGGCAGCUGCCACUGCAGUGUCCACCAUGGACUCCACUGCCUCCUCUGCUGUUGAUUUGACCGCUCCGUCGGUCGGAGAUAUGUCUGCGCCCACAUUCAUGGAGGUGCACCCUGGCAAGCCUGAGACUAAAGACCCCAACGGUCAGUCAGUAUCAUCUUUAUCCAUGACCCCCAUCACAGCGCUGGCUAAAGAUGGCAUCAUACAUGCCAGCAAAGAGCACCUGCUGUCUUCCACUCCUUUACACAAAUCCCCCUGCAUCACAGACCCACUGUUAGCCGAUGCUGAUGAACCUCCAGCUACAGUCCAGGAUUCUGUUGAGGCCUUGACGGAUUCUACUCUUCCUGAGAUGAACGACACUGGUCCUUCUCCUACAAAAGAGUCAGCUGCUACCCCAGCCCCUUCACUGGACUCUUCCCCUCCCCCCGUCCCUCAAAGUACGCCUGCCUCCUUACUGAUCUGCACCACACCCAUCAUCGAGCCCCCACCGAGCUCCAUGUUAGAAUCCCCACACCCCCUAAGUAACGACAUUGACAAUAUCAACCUGAAAUUUGACCCAGCUUUGCCAGAGGACACUCAGGCCACUUUAGCUCCCACUACUGCUCUGUACGACUCUCCUGCUCCACCUAUGCAUGACAGCCUCCCUCCAUCCCCUGCUCCCUCUCCUGUUCCUAUGACAGACUGCAACAUUUCCACUGACCCUCCACCCUCCAUUAGCACACACUCUGACAUUCCUAUCCAGUUAGAGAUAGUAGAUGAGUCUACAUCAACUAGAGACUCCCCCGUACCUCCUAUUAUAGACUCCCAACCACCACAGUUAGACUCUACCUCUCCCUGUGUUAAUGAUGUAUCUCCUCCCUCCCCUACUCCUCCUAGCCUAGUCACUGUUUCACCUUCACCCACUCCACCUCCACCCAUUGACUCAGGCCAUUCGCCCUCACAGGACUCUUCCACUCCCCCUGUCAUAGAUACUGUCAGCAGCACCGCACCGCCUCGUACCAUUCUCCCCGUCACAGACAUUGUGCACACCUCCACUCCAGAAUCAACCGCUCUGACUGUCACGGACGCUGAACCAGAUUCAGCUGCUUCCCUCGUCUUAGAUUCAGUACCAACUUCCAUCACAGAUUCAGGCUCUACAGAAGCAACCCCUUCCUCUCUAAUGGACUGCACCGUCUCCUCCCCCAUAGACUCUGGUGUCCUCCCCAUCAGGGACAGUGCCAGCACAGAAAACAACACUGUCAACGGUGUGGCGUCGUCGUGAUCCAGUGUUGCAGCCAGGAAAAGAAGCUUUAUGGUUGCACCAGGAGGCAGCCCACGUCCAAUAAAUAUCUCGAGUGGGGGUGGGUGAGGGUGUGUGGGGGUGCAAGAACUGUCCUGCUCAGACUUCAGGCACUUCAUGGAGACUGUCCCCACCUGGAGUUGAGUAGACAUUUCUUACAG